AUGGAAAGCAGCGUAAGUGUAACACCACCAUCACCACCACCACCGAGACAGAGGUACGGGGUAACGUCACAUUUAGACCCUGAUUCAUCUGCGGGUUCGAUACCUGUAGAUUACAGCAGUUCUCCUCCGUCUGGUACGGACGUGAGUGAGGAGAUGGAUUUGGGCAGCGUCCAUGAGUUUGUUCGACUUCCAAUGCAGGAAUUCAACAGGGAUUUGGAAGUGCAAUCGAAGGCAGAAGACCCUCGAAUUGUACAUCUAGAAACGGAGAACACACGGUUGAAGGAACAGAUACAGAACUUUGCAUUCGAGAUGAAGCAGAAAGAUGACGUGAUAAGCUCUCUUCAAGUUCAAUUGGGAAAGAAGUCAACUAGCAGCGAUCCGGCCAAUGAAAUCGAGCUUCCUGAGCGCAGUGAGCGUCGUGCGGUGAUUCGUGACUCUGUUGUAUCAGCAGCCUCAUCAAGCUAUUCGAAACUGUCUCCUAUCAAGGUCAUUCCACGGUCGCCUGUUCAUAUAGUAGCUAAUCCAUUAACUCCUCCUUCGCAGACGCAGCGAUCGAGUACAAAUUCAACCCUUCUGGAGCCUGCAGAAUUGCAUCCAGAUUCUGUCUCACAAGUAUUAAUAGGGAAAGUGUUGGCCAGAUCCAGGUCUAACAGCAGGCACGCUUCUCCCGUGAGACCGACUAAUGCAGGCAAUUCCCUUACCUUCCACAAUUCAUCCAAGGCAACUGAACCUUCGUCCGACGAUCGCUUCGAGUUCGAGAAGAAACCCCAAGACCGGUUACCUGAUAGAUCACCUUCGCUUCAUUCUACGCAAUCAGAAUUUCUCUCACCACGUAUCAAUGCGCCAAGCCUUCCUCCUCCUCGUCCUCCCUCGUCUCCGUUGUCACCGUCGUCGCCAGGAAAUUGGGAGAGGACUACUUCUAGCUCUUCUGAUGUCUCCGUCUCUAUAGCUGCCUCUGGAGCCGCUGCCGCCACUGUAGGUGAAUUAGCUUCCUCGAUAAAUAAUGGUUCCCAAUCAUCUCUACUUGCACCUCACGGAAUUUCUCCUCGAAGAAUGGGCUCUCCUCUACGUCAGACCGUCACCAGGCCAUUUCAAAUGGGUGAGCCUCUAUCUUCGGACCCCUUAAUAAUGCUUCCACCUCCUUCUAGAAAAGCCAGACAUACUCAGCAGGCCCACCAAAUACCCCAUGAUGUUUCUCCUAGCUUGGGAUUGUCUACAGGAUCGGCACAGUAUGAUUAUCUUGUCAAUUCAAUCGAUACUACCGUUAUCUCAGUUUAUUCAGUGUUGGAUCCAGAAGCUCUUAUGGGUAGCGAGGAAGACGAUUUCACAAUCCAGUUCAUGGUGAAUUCAAGCGAAAGGGAUGGAGAGUUAAUUCCGCUUUACAUGGUGAAGAAACGGUACUCCCAGCUGCUUACUAUGGACCUAGAUAUUCGCCGAGAGAUGUUCGUAAACCUACCCAAGUUACCGGAUACCUCGCACUUUCUUAAAAUUGAUCCUACUAACUGGGAUACUCAAAAAACUAUCGUUCGCAUGUACGUUGCAGAGCUUUGCCGUGUGAUGAGACAGAAUAAGCGCGCUUCUGUGUGGAAGCUUUUUACAGAGUACUUCAACCCCGAUGAAGACCACGACAUGUCGAAAAGGGAAGGAUUCUUUGUGUCUGUGGGUAGUCGUGGUCUCAAGAAGUCGUACAAGUUGAUUCGCCUGGAAUACGAUACAAUUGAACAUUUGAUCUGUAUAGAAGAUCUCCACUCAAAGUUGAGAGAUGUUAUGAGUGUUGCAGAGAUUGUAGUGACGAGGGACGGCCAAAUUCUUACAGUUUCAAAGCGCAAGAAGAGAACGUUCAAGACAAAUCAUCACUGGACGCUUUACUGUGAAUCCGGACCAGAUGCAGAGGAAUGGUAUAAAUUGUUGACUACGAGCGCGAGAGAGAUGGAGCAAAUCUCGCCAAUUUCGGCCAGUGGUAGCAGCGUGAUGGACGGGGCUUCAGUUUCUUCUUCUUCAAGAGCUUCUCCUUCGCCAAGACGAAAGAACUUUUCACAAGCACGUGACAGUCUUAAAAGUGGGCUCACUCCGUCAACAUCCAGCAAUGACAGUUCGAAGUGGUUUGGACUUCGACUCAGCAGAGACACGCUCCAUAUCCCUCACUCUACCUCUUCAACAUCAUCGGCCUUGGCUGUGGAUACUGUUGGUAUGGGAUCUAAUAUGAGUAGUCCUCAAUCUAAGGCAAGUAUUGGUAGAUUCAGCAGAAGUGCGGAUAGCCUUAAUCCAAAGGGAGGUGUGUUGGAAUUUAAAGCCAUGGCGUACGAAGGUACUAGUGUAAUGGCAUCUCCAACGUCUCAGAAGACGGCGUCGCCUCUUCUGGAACAUCCUAGAGUGAUGGAAACGGGAGUUUUCCAGAAGAUCGAGGAAUUGCCUAAGUAUUUUGGAUCGACGCUUGAGCAAGCAUACGAAACAUGUCCGAAGUACAAGAUCUCCGGUUGUCCUGUACCUUCCAUUGUCUACAGAUGCAUUACGUACUUGGACGAGAAAAACGCUGUGUUUAACGAGGGUAUUUUCCGUUUAAAUGGUAUGAUGUCGGAGGUGAAUAAGCUCCAACGUAUCUUUAACGAUCAGGGAGACUGUGACUUUGUGCGGCUUGAAUCACCCCCAGAUGUGCAUUCCAUCGCUACAUUGUUGAAACGUUUUCUCAGAACACUACAUAUAACGAUAAUUCCGGAGUCUGAAGCCAAAAUGCUGCUGCAGUUAACGAUGAGUACGGGUUAUGAUGCCGAUACGGUGAAGAAGUUCAAGCAGGUUCUUGGUUCGUUACCCAAGUUGAACCACGAUGUUCUCUAUGUGCUAUUUAGAUACUUCCAGGAGGUUCUAAAGUUCAGGGAGCUGAACAAGAUGAGCGUGGGAGCACUCAGCGUACUCAUGGCACCAAACUUGACACCUUUUGACGGCGCCAAGGAGAUCUGCUCAGAGCUCCUAAUUAAUUACAGUUACUACUUUGAGGAUGGAAAAAUAAUAACGGCUGAAGAGAGAUCAAAAGUAUAA